AGAAAAUUUUAGAAUAUUCGGAGAAUUAUAGGUCUCUUUGAAUGUUUUGAUGCUGAGAAAUUUUGAGAUUCUGUACUCUGAAUUAUUGUAAAGCUUCUUUAGAAUGCAGACGAUGAUCAAUCACAACAGCACACACCAAAAAAAAAAAAAAAAAAAAGUUUAAAAGUUUUACCAAGUUAAUAUGCUAGCUAGGGUCUAAAAGUUCUUGUACGCUCAUUAUAAAUAUACUUAUCUUCCACGGGAAGUUUACUCGUGUAAUUAGAAAGUAAGUCAAGCACCAAGUCCAUCGUCAUCUUAACAUUAUUGAAUUUCUAAUUCCUGCAUUUUAGACCCUCUCUCUUUCUCUCUCCAUUUUUUCAAUCAAAUUUAUUUAUUCUCUUUUUAAAAUAGCUCAGCCGCCCGCGAUGGCCACCCAAAUUGCCUAGAUCUCUCUCUUUCUUUCUCUCUCUAAAAAUAUCUAACUUCGCACCACCAUACAUCCAUCAAGAGAAUCUAACAAGAAAUAACAGUAGUAGUACUACAUCCAUCGCAGACUAGAGGAAGAUCAGAGAUGAAACCACCAAGCUUUUCUCUAAUUAUCAUCCCAUCCUUCCAUCUCUUACCCUUCACCUCCUCCUAUUAAUCAACUACCCAUAUAUAUAUAGAUAUAGAUAUAUAUAUAUAUAUAUACACACACAAUCACUCUCUCUCUCUCUCUCAAUAAUACAACAACAACAUCAUCGAUCAUGAGCCUUGAAGACUCCUUAAGAUCUCUCUCUUUAGACUAUCUGAACCUUCUGAUCAACGGCCAAGCCUUCAGUGAUGUAGCCUUCAGUGUAGAGGGUCGUCUAGUCCAUGCCCACAGGUGCAUCCUAGCUGCCAGGAGUCUCUUCUUCAGGAAGUUCUUCUGUGGGGCCGAAGCCCAAGGCGACCCAUCUGGCCCCAGGAUGGGCGCGUUGGCGGCGUCUUCCCCGAGGGCAUCCAAUUCUCAGGUGAUACCUGUGAAUUCAGUGAGCUAUGAGGUGUUCUUGUUGAUGUUGCAAUUCUUGUACAGUGGUCAAGUCUCAAUUGUGCCCCAGAAACAUGAGCCAAGGCCUAAUUGUGGCGAGAGAGGCUGUUGGCACACACAUUGCACCUCUGCCGUUGAUCUUGCUCUUGAUACCCUCGCUGCCGCUAGAUCUUUUGGUGUCGAACAACUUGCACUGCUCACUCAGAAACAAUUGGCAAGCAUGGUAGAGAAGGCCUCAAUUGAGGAUGUAAUGAAGGUUCUGAUAGCUUCAAGAAAGCAAGACAUGCACCAACUAUGGACUACUUGUUCUCAUUUGGUAGCAAAGUCUGGCCUCCCACCAGAAGUCCUAGCCAAACACCUCCCCAUCGACGUCGUUGCCAAAAUCGAAGAGCUCCGCCUCAAAACAUCACUUGCCCGUCGAUCCCUCAUGCCCCACCACCACCACCACCACGACGUCGGCUCUGCAGCCGACCUCGAAGACCAAAAAAUCCGUCGAAUGAGACGGGCACUUGACUCAUCCGAUGUGGAGCUUGUCAAGCUCAUGGUCAUGGGUGAAGGCCUAAAUCUUGACGAGGCAUUGGCCCUACAUUACGCGGUUGAGAAUUGCAGCCGGGAAGUCGUCAAGGCCUUACUUGAGCUAGGGGCGGCAGACGUCAACUACCCGGCGGGGCCAGGCGGGAAAACCCCACUUCACAUUGCAGCCGAAAUGGUGUCACCGGACAUGGUGGCAGUCCUCCUCGACCACCACGCCGACCCAAACGUCCGGACCAUAGAUGGAAUCACCCCUCUCGACGUGCUCCGAACCCUAACCUCAGAUUUUCUCUUCAAAGGGGCUGUCCCGGGGCUAGCACACAUUGAGCCUAACAAGCUUAGGCUCUGCCUUGAGCUCGUCCAAUCCGCAGCUUUGGUGAUUUCGCGCGAAGAAGGAAAUGGAAAUGUUGCAUCUUCCAAUACCAUUUAUCCUUCUAUGAGUAGUGAUGAUAGUAUUAGAUGCAGCAGCAGUGGCAAUGUGGCUAAUAACCUUCAUCUUGAUUCAAGGUUGGUUUAUCUUAAUCUCGGAGCAGCUCAAAUUGGGUGUAAGAUGGAUGAAGGAGAUCACGAUCAUAACGGGAACAAUAAUCAGAGAGAAGCCAUGAAUCAUCCACAUCAAGGUGGCUGUGAACCCGCAAUAUACCACCACCACUCUCAUGACUAUUAAGGACUCUACAUAUUAUAAAUUAUAUAUAUAUCAAAGACCUGGGCAGGAGGAGCAAAAGUUGAUAUAUAAAAAAAUCAUGGAGAUUAUUAAUAUUGGGUUAUAUCUCUUAUUUGUCAUAUUUUUGUUUCUCACUUUCUCUCUCGUCUCAAUAUAUAUAUAUAGUUCUCGAUUUUUUGUAGUGGGUGUCUUUUUAUUUUUGUAGGGGCUUCAAGUACUGUUAAUCGUACGCAGUGUUGGAGAUUGGAAAUUUUGUCAUGGGAUGAUCCAAGAAGUGAAGGAGAGGGACGCAGGUCAAUCUUUUCAACCCGGCCUGUCAUGUACUGCUUUUGUAUUUAUUUGGUAUAUCUAAUUUCAUGGUCUAUUUAUGACUUA